CGAGCUUCCCGUGGGAUAGUCUGAAGUUCUGAAAAGUGUGACCAUCUUAAAUGGUUAUUGAUUGAUCUCUGUAUUGCGCUAAAGUAUACAUUCUCAAGCCUCCUCCCCAAAAGGAAGUCCUAUAUCCGGAAGAAGAAAAAAGAAGAAAAGAUCAUCUCUUUUUUAUUCUCAUUUCAGUUUUCCAGCAGGACGGCAGGCAGGUCAUCUGGGCUUGGCAGCAGAAACGACGAUGACCCGAAAAUCGGUAUUGAUGAUAUGCGGGGAUUACAUGGAAGACUAUGAGGCUAUCGUCCCCUUCCAUGUCCUUCAGGCAUUUGGCAUCCGCGUCCAUUGUGCAUCUCCCAACAAGAGAUCCCGUGAUACCUGCUUCACUGCUGUUCAUGACUACAUGGGCCACCAGCUAUACACAGAACUGCAAGGCCAUCACUUCACCCUCAACGCCAAUUGGGACGAACUCAACCCCGACUGCUACGACGCCCUCAUCAUCCCUGGAGGCCGAUUCUCCGAACUCUUUAGCGCCCACAAUGGGGUCCUGCGAAUCGUUUCCGAAUUCGACAAAGCCCGCAAGCCAAUAGCAGUCACUUGUCAUAGCCAACUCAUCCUAAUCGCCGCCGGCGCCCUCCAAGGCAAGAAAUGCACCGCCUUUUGGAGCUUGAAGCCUGUUAUCAAGCUCGCCGGCGGUGUUUGGUCAGAGCCCGAUCCCAUCACUUCAUCCCUUCUCGACUCCAAUAUCAUCAGCGCCGUUGGUUGGCCUGCACAUGCCCAGUACCUCGAUCUUCUCCUCCGUUCCAUGGGAGCUAAAAUCGUGCGACAUCAGAACAGAGCAAUCCUUUUCCUUUGUGGGGAUUAUGUGGAGGAUUACGAGAUAAACGUACCCUUCCAAGCCAUGGGGGCACUGGGUUGCAGGGUGGAGGCAGUUAGCCCAGGGAAGAAGAAAGGAGACAAGUGCGUAACGGCCAUCCAUGACCAUAUCCAUGACCCAGAGGGAGUCCAGGUGUGCAGCGAGAGGCAGGGGCAUAACGUCGUCCUCACUGCUGACCUCAGUGAAAUCUGUGUCGACGACUACGACUGCCUUGUCAUACCCGGAGGACGCUCGCCAGAGUUUCUGGUCAUGGACGAUAAAGUGGUGUCACUUGUGAAGGAAUUCGCUGACAAGAAAAAGAUUGUUUCAGGAAUAGGCCAUGGGAAGUUACUCCUCGUUGCUGCUGGUCUAUUGCAGGGAAAGAGAUGUGCAAGCAGCUGUGCUAUGAAGGCUAUCGUGAUGGUGGGUGGUGGGUUGGUGGAAUCUACAGAGGCUGUGGCUGAUGGGGAGCUGCUUACCGCGACCGGAUGGCCUGCGCUUCCACAAUUUGUUUCCCAACUCGCAGAACUCUUGGGUUUCUCCGUUGUCUUUUGACAGAUUCUUUGGGCGUGUCGAGGCUUUUGUUUAAGUUGAGCCCCCUGUUCAAGUUAUUUGAAAUGUAUUUGUCACCAUUUCAAAAUCAUCACCGAAGAAUUCGGGGUUGUUUGUUAUGAAUUCGUACUAUUUUUCCUUAAUAAACCCAAGAACUACAUGAAGAACA